UAGUAACUGCAAUUAGUAGAAGUAGUAGUAAACAUAAAACCAAAUGAGUUGAGAAAAUUUUGCGAGAUAUUCUAUUAACUCUGUAACAGAGGUGAGUUAUCUCAAAUUAUAUUAAUAUAUUCACGUCAAUUAUUCAGAACGCUAUUCAAAAAUAUGAAAACUCUAAAAAUGGUUAAUAAUCAAGAUUAACAGUCAUCAUCAUUAAUUAAUUCAAAAUUAUGGAUUGGGGAUUACUUGUUUAUGUAACAGCCGCAAUUCAUCACUCUACAAAAUACGUUGUGAGAUGUGGCUUGAUCGUCCUAUUACUGUACUCGGUUUGCUUGGUGCUCAAGCGAAUCUAUCUCAGCUUAUCUCAAGACGACAUCUAUGAAAAGACAGAAGAGAAACAAUCGCCCAACUGGAAGGAAACUAUUGAAGAAUGCAGCAAACAUUUGGACAAAGCAAGAAUUUCAGCUAAUAACAAAUGUGCCAAACUGAAAUUUGAUCUGUCCACAAUCGGUAGCCGACUUGAGGUGAUGAUGUGUAUGAUGGGAAAACUUGAACAAAAGUCAUUGCCUGGAAAAAUCGAAAAAGUUGACGCUACAAGUAAUACAGAUACAUUUAUCUUGACAGACUGGGAAAACUGCAGAGAUUCCACCACUCAAACUGACCUUGCCACUCCAGGUGAAUCAAUCGAAAGCAGCUCGGUGGAAUCUUUCAUGUGCGUCAGUUUAGACCAAUCAACUGCAUCUCAAUCGAAAUUCAGGAUUUUGGAAGAAGUCCUGAAAAGAGAUCUGAUGCCGCGAUCAGAUGUCUCAGCCGAAGAUGUGAGCAGUCCUUCCGAAAGUGAUGUUUCAAUUUCAGAUUUGGAAGCGGUGCAGAAAUGGACCAUGCAUGAGAAUGUUUUCAACUCACUGUCGUUAACCAGCUUUUCUAAAAUGGAGUGAAUUACAUCAGAGAUAUUUUUCAAUAGUAUAUUCAAAUUGCAGUGGAUACAAUCAUCGAAUGGAGAUUUGGGAGUUUUUGAUGAACGAUAGUUUUAUAAAUUCAUAUAAUCGGAGCUAGUAAGUAGCCUACUGGACAUUGCAAUUUUGCAAGGAAUACCAACACAAUUUUUUUUAAUCAUUUCGUCAAAUAUGAAUCGAUAUAAUAAUAAAAGAAAAUUCUAUAAACCUUUGUUCAAUACUCUCCACAUUAGCUCAUCAAAUAAAUCUCGCGUGCUCAUCGAAUAAAACCAUUUCGAACAGAAAAUAAGUUAUUUUCAUUUACAGUAGCUUUGAUUUAUGAGGUUGUAGAAUCAAUUUAAUCUUGAAUAUGUCUCCAUGUUCAAUUUUAUUCAUGACACUCGUACAAAUUCAUUUUCUUUUUGAAUUCAUUAUUCAACGAUCAUUAUAAGUAUAAAUGGCAAACAACUCGUUUUGAUAACAAACAGCUAGCUAUAAUGCCAAUCAACUAGCUUUUUUAAUAGCGUAAAUUAUAUACAGCAUGCAACACUGUAAUGAAUUCCGUACUACUAUCAAUGCUAUAGGAAUAAUAAUAAUAUGUAGGUUCAAUUGCAAUUUACAAUUAAAAGUUGUUAUUCUGAAACAUUGGUUGUACUGUACCAACCAAUAUUCACUGAAAAAAAUAUUGUAUUAAUAUAAUGCAGUCAAAUAGAUCAGUAAUAUAAUGCAGUCAUUGAAAAGAUUCUAUUUUAUUGCAAUAUAAUAAAG